UCUCUCCAAUUCUUCUCAAUAAAAAAAAUCGUAGAAGAUAGAACAAAAAAAAAAAAAUUAGAGCGAGCGAGAAAACAGAAAUGGAGGAAGACGAUCAGCAAAAGGUUGCAGAUUUAGUGAAGGAGCUUGUUCUUCGUCUUCUCUCUCAAAACUCUCAAACCCCUUAUCCCGAUCCCAGUUCCUCCACUUUCCUCGCAACCCUCCGUUACGCGUUUCGCAUUCUCUCGAGCCGCCUCACUCCCUCGAUCGCUCCAGACGCCACCACCAUCGCCGAGUCCCUCAAGCGCCGUCUCGCCACCCAGGGAAAAUCCUCCGACGCCCUCGCUUUCGCCGAUCUCUACACCAAAUUCGCAUCGAAGACUGGUGCCGGUAGCGUCAACAACAAAUGGGCUGUGAUUUACUUGCUUAAAAUCGUAUCUGAUGAUAGGAAAUCGGCGAAAAAUGGGUUUGAUUCCUCGGUUCUGCUCUCCAAUUUAGGGCUUGGUAAUGGCGGAUCGGGUGAGGAGAAGGAUAGGAGUAAUGGGGUUUUGUUGGUUAGUAAAGACCCUGAGAAUUUGCGGGAUAUUGCGUUUAGGGAGUAUUGGAAUCUGGUCAAGGAAGAGAAUGAAGUGACAGAGGAGGUAAUAGUGAGGGAUGUUUUGUAUGCUUGUCAAGGAAUUGAUGGGAAGUAUGUGAAAUUCAACAGCGAGUUAGAUGGGUACACAGUGUUGGAUUCCCUUAGGGUUCCUCGAGCUACUAGGGUUCUGGUUCGUAAGCUUUGCGAGCUGGGUUGGCUGUUUAGGAAGGUGAACACAUUCAUUUCUGGGAGUUUGGAUCGGAUUCCAGCCGGAGAUGUCGGAACAGUAGAGCAAGCCUUUUGUGCUGCUCUGCAAGGUGAGCUAUCAGAAUAUUAUAAGCUAUUGGCUGUGCUCGAGGCACAGGCCAUGAACCCUGUUCCAUUGGUUUCUGAAUCAGCUAGCUCAAACAAUUACCUUUCUUUGAGGAGGUUAUCGGUCUGGUUUGCAGAGCCAAUGGUGAAAAUGAGACUGAUGGCUGUUUUGGUUGACAAAUGUAAGGUUUUGAGAGGCGGGGCAAUGGCUGGGGCUAUUCAUUUGCAUGCCCAACAUGGCGAUCCGCUUGUUCAUGAGUUCAUGAUGGAUUUGCUUCGAUGCGUGUGUUCUCCUUUGUUUGAAAUGGUAAGAAGUUGGGUCUUGGAAGGCGAACUGGAAGAUACUUUUGGAGAAUUCUUUAUAGUAAGUCAGCCAGUUAAAGAGGAGUCACUCUGGAGGGAAGGUUAUAAGCUCCACCAAGGAAUGCUUCCCUCCUUUAUUUCACCGAGUCUUGCCCAGAGAAUUCUAAGAACUGGUAAAUCCAUAAACUUUCUCCGUGUUUGCUGUGAUGAUCAAGGAUGGGCUGAUACAGCAUCAGAAGCAGCGGCUGCAUCUGGGACAACAACUAGUCGAGGAGGUCUUGGGUAUGGUGAGACCGACGCACUUGAACAUCUUGUUACGGAAGCAGCAAAAAGAAUUGACAAGCACCUGUUGGAUGUUCUAUACAAGAGAUACAAAUUCAAGGAACAUUGUCUCACAAUCAAGCGGUAUCUACUCCUUGGACAAGGCGAUUUUGUGCAGUACUUGAUGGAUAUUGUUGGGCCUAAACUGUCUGAACCGGCCAAUAGUAUUAGCUUGUUUGAGUUGGCCGGGCUUCUAGAAGCUGCAAUUCGGGCUUCUAAUGCGCAGUAUGAUGACCAUGACAUGCUAGACAGAUUGAGAGUGAAGAUGAUGCCUCAUGGCACUGGGGAUAGAGGCUGGGAUGUAUUCUCGUUGGAAUAUGAUGCAAGGGCUCCACUAGAUACUGUGUUCACCGAGUCUGUUAUGUCUCGGUACUUGAGAGUUUUCAAUUUUCUCUGGAAAUUGAAAAGGGUGGAUCAUGCUCUUAACAGUAUUUGGAAAGCAAUGAAACCAAAUUGCAUCACAUCUAAUUCGUUCAUUAAGCUCCAAACAACAGUGAAGUUUCAAUUGCUCUCAGCCCUUAGACGAUGCCAGGUUCUCUGGAAUGAAAUGAACCAUUUCGUCACUAACUUACAGUACUACAUCAUGUUUGAGGUGUUGGAGGUGUCAUGGUCUGAUUUUUCGAAAGAAAUGGAAGCUGCUAAAGACCUGGAUGAUCUAUUAGCAGCACAUGAGAAGUACCUCAACUCCAUUUUGGAAAAAUCUCUACUGGGUGAACAGUCACAAACCCUUCUCAAAUCCCUUUUUGUCCUGUUUGAGCUUAUAUUGCGGUUCAGAAGUCAUGCAGAUCGGUUGUACGAGGGAAUUCAUGAGUUGCAAAUAAGAACCAGAGAACCAUGCCGAGAAAGGAAUAAGGCACAAGAGUCCGGUUCAUGGAUCAGCGAGGGCAGGAAGGCCAUAACACAACGUGCUGGAGAAUUUCUUCAAAGCAUGGCCCGAGAAAUGGACAGUAUUUCAAAGGAGUACACAUCAUCACUUGAAGGGUUCUUGUCUCUGUUGCCUGUGCACCAAUGUGUAGACCUCAAGUUCCUCUUUUUCCGGCUCGACUUUACCGAGUUUUACAGCCGGUUGCAUUCUAAAGGAUAGGAAGGUUGCAAGAUCGGUUAGUAAAAAAAAUCAUAUUCCACAAUAGCAAGAACAGACAGGGUCUAUUUGUCACUAACUGCUGACUGUGACAUUGGUUCAUCAACCCAUAUAUGGAUCUCUCUCUUGAAUCUAGGUUGUUUUUGAUGGCUUGCUUCAACCUUGGGAUUUGGAAGCAGUUUCUUGUGUCGGCGGUGAGGUUUGAGUUUGGAUUUGUGCGCUCUAUGAGUCUGAUGUUCUACCGAUUUUUGUCGGUGUUCCCAUUGCAGUUUCUGUAAGAUCAGUUCGAGCUUGCUGAUCUGCAUGGUUUGUUUAAAACACAUAUUGAUAUGAGAAAGCAGUUGAAAUUGCAUGUGAAGCAACUCCAUUGUGUCAUAUACAUAUUGAUUUGCAUGUAUUUGAGCCUUGCUUUUGAUGUUCUGACGGUCUGCCCCCAUUAGUAGAAAGAUUUCAAAACAAGAACACAGAAUAUUUCACUGCAUAGGAAAAAUUUCCAGCAAGUUUCUGCUUGAACCGAGCUUCCAUUGACAUCAUAAGAAGGCAGAGCACACAAUCUGGAGGAACCUCCAUCUUUCAGUGGACCGACUUCUCGGGUCUCUGCAGUAACUUAUUUGCCCGCAAAAAGGCUCCAUUAGUCAAUCGGAGCAAGAUCCAAGUAGAUUUAUCCAACACUGAUAUUAUUCAUCAUAGGAGGUUUAGAUGAUGUCUGAAGAAGUCAGAGCAGGUUUAGAGAUUUUCCAUGGAAAGGAAACUGGUUUUCCACAAUCUAGUGAACUCGAGCAAAACCACUGGAUAUUCUUCAUUCUUCUCUGUUAUUUCCCACAAUCAAACAUGUUGAUUUAUCCCCUUUUCGUUUUCUUCUUCUUUUUUUUUUUUUGGUAAGAAUCCAUAUCUGUAUGCAAAAGAGAGAUUGCCAUCAAAGCUUAUUACAAACACUUUUCAUGGAA